AUGCCGGUUGAACGCCAACCAGCCCAAAAACGCCGACGACUCCCCUUCAAUCCACCACGGCGCGCGUCUCCCGGCGAGGGACCCUCAACUCCAGCACCAACAACCAAAUCAAAAACAAAAGACACCAUAACCACCUCCUCAAACACCUCAAAACCAAAACCCAAGCGCAAAUCAACAACAGCAUCAUCCUCCCGCAAGAAAGCGCCAUCCCCCACCCCCUCCGCCUCAUCCUCCGACUCCGCCCCCGAAGACAACAACAACCGCGAACAUGACCCCGAAGACGAAGAACCCAAUUACAUGCUUGCAGAGAUAAUCUACGGCAAGGAAUCCGAAGACGUAACGACAAGCGACCCCGCAAUUCCAGGGAAAUUGCUUACGAGAUUACUGCAUCAUAACUUCCAGAAUGAGAAGACGAAGAUCGCGAAGGAUGCAAAUGAGGUUGUGGCGAAGUAUAUUGAUGUUUUUGUGAGAGAGGCGCUUGCGAGGGCUGCGUUCGAGAGGGCUGAGGGUGGGGGCGGUGGGGGGGGUGUUGGGGAUGGGUUUUUGGAGGUCGAGGAUCUUGAGAAGAUGGCACCGCAGCUUGUUCUAGAUUUCUAG